AUGCCCAGCGACGCGCGAGAAAUCCCCAACCAGGCAUGGCCCCCGAACCCCACCCCAAACCACCACCGCCACCACCGCCUCGCCCCUCCGCCGCCGCCCCAGGUGCUCCACAAGAGUGACAAGGCGGAGGAGCACGCGGCCCAGGUGGCGGCAUACAUACGCGCCCACUACCCAAAGGGGGAGUCAGGCAUCGUCUACGCCCUCGCGAGGAAGGACACGGAGCGGCUGGCGGCGGCGCUGUGCGAGGCCGGCCUGGCUGCCUUGCACUACCACGCAGACAUGGAGCCCGAGGCGCGCCAGGAGGCCCACAUGGCCUGGAGCGCAGGCACCGUGCAGGUGCUCUGCGCCACAAUCGCUUUUGGGAUGGGGAUCAGCAAGACUGACGUGCGCUUCGUCAUUCAUUCAACUCUGUCCAAGAGCAUCGAGAAUUACUAUCAGGAGAGCGGCCGCUGCGGCCGCGACGGGCUGCCCGCCAAGUGCGUGCUGUGCUACAGGUUUUCAGACGUCCUGCGGCAGGCGGCCGUGGUGUGCGUGGAGCCGUCGUGGCGGCCGUGCCUGACGGCGAUCGCGCGGUACGCCUCGGGCUGGGCCGGCUGCCGCCGCGCCGCCAUACAGCGCCACUUUGGGGAGGCGGCGGGGGGCGGCGGGCCGCAGGCGGCGGCGGGCGGCGCCGGGCGGCACCAGGCGGCGGGGCGGGAGCCUCCGGGGCAGGACUUGACGCGCGAGGGCGUGGCGCUGGUCAAGACACUGCAGGGCCUGGAGCGCGGCAGCGGCAAGAAGCACACCCUCACGCAGCUGAGCGCGGACCACGCCGCGGCGGCGGGGCUGACGCGGGACGAGGCUGAGUGGCUGGCCGGCGCCCUGAUGCUGCAGGGCUACUUGUCGCUCGAGUUUGGAUUCACAGCUUACUCCACAAACUGCUAUCUGUCCCCGACGGCAGCCGGGGCGUCGUUCGUGGACGCGGGUGGUCGCAGGAAGCUGGUGCUCGUGAAGCCAUCCAUGCGCUCCGUGGCGCAGGCGACGGCCGAGGCGGCGGCGGGGCCCAGCAGCGGCGGGGCCGCCACAGAGCCGGGUGGCAAGCAGCAGCAAGGGCAGCAGCAGCGGCAGCAGCGGCAGAUGCGGGCUUCGGAGCCCAAGCAGCUGCUGCAGGGGCGGCAGCAAGCACAGCGGGGCUGGGGGCGGGCGCGGGCGGACGUGGAGGGCAGUGACGAGGCACAGCAGGAUGGGAACGAGGAGGAAGAGGGGGUCGUGGAGGUGGACGAGGAGGAGGAAGACGAUGAUGAUGAGGAGGAGGAGGAGGACGAUUUCAUUCCGGCCCGCCGGAAGCAGCGGACUCGGUAA